UCCUUAGAUUAACUAAGUAUUAAUUUAAUUGUUGUAUAGGGGUCAAAACAAUAGAAGUUGAUGCGAAGGCUAAGCACGAGCUUGAUCAUAUGGCUUGUCAUAGCCAUGGCAGCGAAAGCCCAAGACGAUGAAGAAGACGAUGUCGUUGUCGAGUACUCUUCGGUGCUCGACACGUCCAGACGGCCUCUUGAACGCGGUGUAAAAUAUUUGAUAAAGCCUGCUCUCCUCACCCACGUUGGCGGCCCAUUAACGAUGAUAGACCUAAACGGAUCCGGGUCAUGCCCUGUCUACGUGGGUCAGGGAAAUGUUUCGGGUUUGAAUGAAAUCCCUGUAACAUUUAAUCCUUUGGUUGAUGGAGAAAACUUGGUGAGGGAGAGGAAGAACUUGAAGGUGGCAUUCUCUACUGCAAGAAGAACAUGCACAAUAUGGAAGGUGGGCCAGCAAGACCCGUUGACCCGAAGGAGUCUGAUUGAAACAGCGGGAGAAUCAUCAUCAGACGGUGGAAAGUGGAGCAACUACUUUGUGAUUGUAAGAGAUCAACGGUUGGGAGGUAAUAUCUAUAACUUGGAAUUUUGUCCAAUUUGUAGGUUUGGAUAUUGCGGGCGUUUAGAAUGUUUGGUUGAGAAGGGAAAGAGAUUGGUAGCCUUGGGUGUGGAGGGUUUUGCGCUUCCUCUUGUGUUUGAGAGGGUAUAG